AUCUUGGUGUCAGCGCAUGAAGCUUCAUCUUUAAUCCCCAUAACCUUUUCGUGGUUUUCUGUCUUUCGAUACAAUCAGAUCACAGAGCGGUCAGGAAUAGCAAACGUUGACAAUCGACCACCUGCGUUAUGUCUCAAAAUGCUCCCCGCCCUUUCAUCAUCACGACCUCCUUGGCGAAGCCGGACCGAGCAGCAAUGAGAGACGCCCGCAGCUAUGCAAUGCGCGGUAAGAACAGUGGGAAACGGCGUAAACGAAUAUACAAAGACCAGCCCAUAAGGUCCUGGGUUGAUGACCAACUCGCAAAUGAAGAAAGCCAAGAUAUGCAGCUAGUCUCGCCUGUCCCCAACCAGGUCAAUAGACAGAUCGCGUCGGAAUGGACUAUAUUGAAUGUUGCGGAGGACAUCGGGCCCCAUCCACGUCAAAUGCUCGAUCAGUGUAGGUCUGGUUGAUGACAAAAACGCAUACACAACCAAGCAAGUACUGAGUGCCACAUCUAGAUUUCUCCAUCCUGGAGGAGACUUCCUAUGCCAACAAAAUCCUCGCCAGAAAUGUUUUCAAUCGCCAAGCUCCCCUCUGGAUGGAGCACCUCGGCCAGAGUGCCACAUAUUUGAAUAACCAGCUCUUCGUGCUUAUAGCAUAUUACGAUCUAAUCAUUGCGAGGACCUUAGCCAUCAGACAAAGCACAAUUUCUCACAUGACCAGAGCACUUAGUCUUCUACAAACAGAUCUAAGAACAAGCACUCGAGCAAUAUCCGAAGCGACGAUUUCUACCAUCAUUGCAUUUGCCAUGGUGGCAUUCAUGUCAGGCGAUACAGCGUCAGCGGAAAAACAUCUUCAGGGGCUUGUCAAAGUGGUAGCUCUGCGUGGCGGUCUCCGUUCUCUGAGAUCAUGUAGAUAUCUCCAGACCAAAUGCUGCAGGCUUGAUCUCAGCUUUGCUAUGUGCACUAGCUCGACUCCCCUCUUCUUCACAGCCGGGAAUAUCUCUUGGACCUCGUACCUGCCACGAACUAUACCAGUACAAUCAACAACAGCUAUACACCGCCUCCUAAGCGACUCCGGAAUCGCUCCUGAUACUAAUAUGCUUGCUGUAUAUUCCGACCUCCAGGAAUUCUCUCGAGCGGCAAAUCUCGCUGCACAAACAGGUCGCAAGCUUGAGCCCGAUCUCCUACAAGACGUCAUGAUCUCCAUUCAAUAUCGUCUUCUGCAUCUUAAGUACGAGAAUUCUGAUCCUCACGAACUCUUACGAGUCAUCAUGUUAGAUUACUCGGCAACUGUUCUACUUCUGCUAUUUUGCCAGUUUGGCGCUUAUGUCUGGCUAAACUUUCCAUCGUUGCAAGUGUGUUUACGUAUACAUGUUCAGACUGGAAGUUCAAAUGAGAGAUCAAGAGUAUGGCUCUGGCUUCUUGUUGUAGUUGGGUUGUCGCAGUUGGAUUGUGACAUGAAAGACCUUGAAUCUUAUCUAGCAUGUACUGUACGAGAUUUAGGGUUGAAGUCGUGGAAAGAUGUACUUGUGGUUUUGAAGUCGUUCCUCUGGAUUGAUGUGUUGCAUAGUGAGCGAGGAAAGGCUUUGUUGACGGACAUUGUAAACUAGGAUGAUAGAUUAAAG